AUGCCGAAGAACAAGGGAAAGGGAGGAAAGAAUCGCAAGAGGGGUAAGAACGAAGCCGAUGAUGAGAAGCGAGAGUUGGUGUUUAAGGAAGAUGGUCAAGAGUACGCCCAGGUACUCCGUAUGCUCGGAAACGGCCGUUGCGAGGCCAUGUGCAUCGACGGCACCAAGCGUCUCUGUCACAUCCGUGGUAAGAUGCACAAAAAGGUCUGGAUCGCCGCCGGUGACAUCAUCUUAGUCGGUCUACGUGAUUACCAGGACGACAAAGCUGACGUAUCGCUGGUGGACUUGAUGAGGAGGAUGAUAACGCCGGUGAUGAUUACAUUGAAUUUGAAGACGAAGACAUCGACAAAAUAUAGGCGUCUGGAACGAAAUCUUUGGUUUGGAUUGGGCUAUCACAACAGAUAUUGUGCGAGUUUGAAGAAAAAGGGUUCAACCGAACAAUCUACUACAAUGGAUUCGUCUUCUUGGAUGUGUGUUCUUUAG